CUUCAAUCUAGAGCAGGAGGAGGAGGAGGAGCUUGGAACCAACAUGGCCGCCCCUGUGGGUGCCCCUUCCUAUAUCACUCCCUACUUUUCCUUCUUUUCCAUUGAUAUCAACAGCAGACGUCAAUGACAAACAUUUCGCAGAGUCAUUGAUGGAAAUUCAAUCAGAUAUUUGAUUUCAAAGAAACUAAAGUGUGAGUCGCUCCAUGAAGGACAAAGUGACCAAGCCCACUGCCAUGGCUCAGGGUCGUGUUGCCCACAUGAUCGAGUGGCAGAGCUGGGGCACACCGUCUGCAGGGCCUCCGGGGGUCGCGGCACAUGCCAACCUGCAGAGGGAAAAGGAGAGGAGGAUGGAGAACGAUGCUUACAGCGAUCUUAGUGACGGCGAGAAGGAGGCUCGCUUUGCUGCAGGCAUCAUGCAGCAGUUUGCGAUCUCUGAGGCGACUCUGUUUGGCUGGAACUCGAUGGAUGGGGAGAGUAUGGGAGCCGGAUCCAACCAGGGCAGCGUCGCUCACCUUAGUGAGGUCAACCAGGAGAGCAUCACCAGCAGAGACCAGAUGCUCCACCACUCCUCUGCGGAUGUCUGGCCUCACACCUACGUCUCACAGGGCCUGUACUGCCUGUCGUCUACAGACACAUGGGACCCAAUCACUAGCCAGCCAUCGGGCGUGGCCUCACCUGCUGCAGGCUCCUACAUCAUGGCUGCUGGUGGCAGCAGUGGAGCUGGGGGUACACCUGGUGAGGGGUAUGAGGGGACAGUAGGCGGUUACCUUCAGCAGCACCAGGCUCAUUUCACUCUGCAGCAGCACAACCAACUCCAACAGCUCCAACAUAUUCACCAUUACCAGCAGCAACAGCUUCUGCAGUACCAACAACAGUCUAUGGAGCACAGGCCACAUAGUGCCUCCCAUUCCCUCCAAGCCACUCCCAACAGCACCAUCCACAGUCUCGGUCCUCCCACCCACCCUCGGCUAGCUGACCUGUGGGGAGCUGCACAGGUCGAGGCACACCACGUGGAGAUCGUCGGGCAGCUGAGUGGACAGAUGGCUGAAAUGGUAGGAGGAGUGGUGGAGACAGUCGGAGAGGAGCCAGAGCCCGAGUCUGAGGGUAUCCCUGAGCAGCAUGAAGAGGAAGAGGAGGAGCUUACAAAGGUAGAAGAGGUAACAUUAACCUUGGAGCCGGAGCCAUGCUCUUUGACUCCGUCCCCGCUGAGGGAGGAUGCCCCCUCAACCAGAGGUUCAAGCCCAGCACAGACCGCUGAAUCUGUCACGCAGAGCAUACCGUUUGACGUCACACCCUGUAUUGUCCAAUUGCUGGAGAGGGACGAAGAGGCGGAGAAGGGCUCUAUUGUUGUUGUUGCGACCAACUGAAUCAUAGGGCUGACAAAAACAGCAAAUUAAUUCUUCAAUAAUCAAUCAAGCUAUUCUAUCCCAACCCCAACCCCCUCCACCUCCCAACUAUUUACCCACUUCGAGUCCGAGGAAACGCGAGAACACUUUUUCAGAAGAAAACGUGGGAUGUAAUGUAAAAAAACUAAAUGCUGAGAAGCUCCGCUAAGUUACUGCAAGAAAUGUGACAAUGGACACAAAAUGUGACAAUGGACACAAAGUUUGAGGCAGACAAGAGACUUCAAAUCAGUGACUGCUAAAAACAAGCUAUGAGGAUAAGAUGGAUUCACAAAACAUUUGGACCAACUGGACCAAAGAAACAGGACUGAAAUCAAACAGUUGGCAAUCAGAUGGAUAUGAAAUUCUCAAAAAAAAAAGAAUUGUAGUAGAAGGUAGGAGAAGAAGACUGCAAUACAACAAACAUGGACACAACAACAAUUAGGUCAAACAAUAUUUGCAAAUAAUUCUGAGUGGUUCACACAAGAGGUAGGCAUGUAUCACAUCUGGAAACUCCUGCAGGACCAGAAAAUGUACCUGGUCACAGAGAAAUGUUUGAUUUGAUAGUUAUUGUAUUUUGCUUUGAUUGACAGCUUGUCUGAGCCCUAGCUGAGAUGUUCUGAUGAGGUAAACCCAUUCCAGUCUGAGACUACGAGUGACCUGUGGCAUCCACUUGGAGUCAUUUGCAAACACAUGAUCUGGACACAACCAAAAAGAAAGUGCAUGCUUUUUAACGGUGACCUAGCCCUAAACAGUAUAAUACAGUAUUCAAAGUAAUAAUAUAUUAAAUUGCUUUUUCUAAUAAAAGAAAAAAUCCAAUAAA